CUUAUGCAAAGGAUCCGGAGAACAGCGACGCGCGGUGAGCUCCUCCUCCUCCUCACUCCCGGCGAAGUCAAAAUCUCAAGAGCACACGAGAGAGAGAGAGAGAGAUGGCGGCGGCAGCGCUCCGUCCGGCGAUCCUCCGCCGCAUCCGCCUCUCCCCCUCCCCGGCGGCGGCGGCGGGGGUGGGCGCUUCCCAGCCCCACGCCCUGGCGCGGUGGCUCGCGCGGCCCAUGUCCUCCCACGACGCGCACCUCACCCGCGACGAGGUCGUCGACCGCCUCGUCGACGUCCUCAAGAGCCACCCCAAGGUCGACCCCGCCAAGGUGAGCCCCGAGGCGCACUUCGAGAAGGAUCUGGGGCUGGACAGCCUGGACACGGUGGAGGUGGUGAUGGCGAUCGAGGAGGAGUUCAAGCUCGAGAUCCCCGACCAGGAGGCCGACAAGAUCGACUCGCUCCCGCUCGCCAUCGAGUACGUCGCCAACCACCCCAUGGCCGCCUGACCGCGCCGCCGCCGCGGUGAGGCUUCUCUUGAUUUUUGUUCUGCGGGAAUGAAUAAUUCGCUGGAGUCAUUCAGGAAAACUGGUCCCUGCUACUCUAGGUUAUCUUGUCGAUGUUGAUCUCUAAUGUAACAUCCACAUUUCGGUUCUGUGACUAUAUUAUGCUACUAGAUUUUACUCUUUUGUUCAAUUGUUCAUGUGGGAUUUGCUGCCUUUGAUGAACUAGUUUUGACUUUUGCGUUGCUCCAGUUUGUU